AUGGACAGUGCCCAGGCGAAACGCAUUGUGGCCCCUGUCACAGAGUCCGACUCUCCUCUUACUCAACAGACCAGGCCCGAUGUCUUUGAACCCAAAGUAGUCGAGCUGUACCGCAGAUUGUUCAGGGAAGUCGACGAUGACGAAAAAACCGAAGGCUUCUGGCGGACCUUCUUCCUGUUAAAACCUGAGGUUGAUGCGCUUCGAGAGAUCCUAGCUAGUACCGACGGGGAUUACCUGCUUCAUUCCCAGCACCAACCUCAACAACUACUGCUUGCAGCGGUGUCACAUAUCAAGGAAGGCGUUGCACCAUCAGACGAACAUGCUCUUGAUACCCUCACAGUUUUUUUCACGGUCAUCUUGGCCAAGAAAUUUCCAAAUACCAGCUCUGACUUGAUUGAAGUGCUAGCUGGUCUAGAUCAUGUCGAUUCGGUCUUCUCAGAGCUGGUCACCACUCUUGACAAUGCCAUCAAAGACGGUCGCACCGUCGAGGUGCGCCACAAAGCCGUCAGCACGGCCAUAGCGGUUGUUUCAGGAGGGUAUCAGACUGCUCUCGUAUCGUACUUUAUCCACCGCGACCUCUUCCCUGCUCUGAUGAAGCUGAUACAUCAGCUGGACAAUGCCCUCCAAGCUGCGAAGCCAUUACUACUGACUGGCCUGCUGGCGAACUACAAUAAGUUUGAAGUCCACAAUCAAUACCGCGUCCGUUUCGCAGACUUCGUGAAUGAGGAAACGAUGGCACGCGUCGUGCGCAGCAUCUCAUGGACUACAAUAUUGCUUCGCGAGAAGUACGUUGCAAUUCAAGACGAUGUCCCGGCGGGUUGGGCAGUGAGCAUUGGCAGUACGCUGUCAUAUGUCGGUCUUUCGUCUAUCACUGGCGCAAAGCCACCCGUGCCAGCUUUGACCGAAGAACAGCAAAAAGAAUUGUUUGCAGAACAACCGAGUUCAGAGGCGGCCAUCCUGUUGACCUUAUUCGACUUUGUGCUUGCAAACAAAUUGUUCUGCCAACAUUUCGUCACAAUGCCCGGAGAUGAAAAGGGACAGGCGACACCAUUCAGCAACUUCGUCUCUUUCUCCUCAUACCUAUGCCAGCAUGCAUAUCGCAAUUCGCGGGCUGCAUCCUACGCUUACCUGAGUAUACUUAUUCUCCUGAUACUGGUGGAAGAUGUAACGAUCAUGCGAUUGCUUUGCGAGACUUCUUCCCAGGUUCGACUGUGUCGACAGAGACCACCGUAUCUCCCUUUGGUGAAAGCUGAUCGGCCCUACAUUUCGGCGACAUUGGAUGUUCUUGUCGAUGGGCUCAACCACAAUCUGAAGAAGCGUCUAGACACGAAGUUUUACGUGCAGAUAAUCACCACCAUCACACGGACUUUGACGUUCCUCAUCAAGACCCGUAACAAGCUGUAUUAUCACUGGGCGGAACUUUGGCGAUCGUUGCUGUCAUUCACGCGCUUUCUGACGGUAUACGCCGACGACUUGAAGUCCUUAGUAGAUACCGAGGAGCUCGUCCAAAGCCUCGUCAACCUGCUUGCAUUAUCGCUAACCAAUGGCGAGACCUUCGUACCGACGGCUGGAGACUACGACGAUUUGUUCUACAAGUUGGUUGAAUCAGGCGAGGCUCUCGUCAAAUUUCGAGACGCAUAUUCUAUCAGCAGACCAGGCGACACUAGCCCGAUGAACACCCUGAUCGGAGUGUCUGAACACUACCAGGAGCUCAUUAAGGCACAAAAGGGCAAGGGUCGGCACAUCAGUCCGCGGGAAGUCACGAGAAUAAUCCAGCAGGGCUACGAAACACUGUCACUGGACAUCACCGAGGGGCUAGAUCACGUUGAGUUGUUCCGUGAAGUCGAUCACAAAACAGAGCUCAAGAAGAUUGCGCGGGUAUCCGUUGCAGAUGCCGUGACCCUGAUGACUUAA